GGUCGCAUCUUCCGAGAUGUCUCGCUGCCUGAAGUGGGCCCGGCAGAGCGUUCUGCUUUGUACAUUGCAAUGAUAGAAACGCUGGCCCUGCUGCACUCUUUGGACCUGAAGUCUUUGGGCCUCCAAGGAUAUGGCAGAGGACCAGGAUACUGCAGAAGACAGGUGUCAACUUGGAAAAAACAGUACGAUGCUGCUGCUCAUACGGAUAUUCCUGCCAUGAACCAGCUGGCUGAGUGGUUAACAAACAACUUGCCACCUGAUGACAAUGAGGAGACACUGGUUCAUGGGGAUUUUAGAAUAGAUAACAUCAUCUUCCACCCAACAGAG